CUGUGAUGGAGGGAUGCGGAAGGAUACGCGCUGACGUUUCCUCCAGGAGGCUCCUCCACUUGGAUGCGAGGUGACCACAGAGGGAGACGCGGAGGAAGCGCACACUUGUCCCUGCAUCCAUCGCGAACAUGGCUCCUAUCGGAUUAAAGGCGGUGGUCGGCGAAAAGAUUAUGAAUGAUGUCAUCAAGAAGGUAAAGAAGAAGGGAGAGUGGAAGGCCCUGAUUGUGGACCAGCUGAGCAUGAGGAUGUUGUCGUCAUGCUGCAAGAUGACAGACAUCAUGACUGAGGGCAUCACCAUCGUGGAGGACAUCAACAAGCGACGAGAGCCUCUUCCCAGCCUGGAGGCCAUUUACUUGAUUACACCCACAGAGAAGUCGGUCCACACCCUCAUUGCAGACUUUAAGGACCCUCACUCAGCCAAAUACAAGGCAGCCCAUGUUUUCUUUACUGACUCGUGUCCCGAUCCUUUGUUCAACGAGUUGGUGAAGAGUCGUGCUUCCAAAUCCACCAAGACUCUGACGGAGAUCAACAUCGCCUUCUUGCCCUAUGAGUCUCAGGUGUACUCUCUGGACAAUCCUGAUGCCUUCCACAGCUUCUACAGCCCACACAAGACCCAGUUGAAGAACCCCGUGAUGGAGCGACUGGCAGAGCAGCUGGCCACACUCUGCGCCACCUUGAAGGAAUAUCCAGCCGUUAGAUACAGAGGUGAGUACAAGGACAAUGCCACACUGGCUCAGCUGCUUCAGGACAAGCUGGACGCCUACAAGGCUGAUGACCCGACAAUGGGAGAGGGUCCUGACAAGGCUCGCUCACAGCUGAUCAUCCUGGACAGAGCGUUUGACCCGGUCUCCCCAGUCCUGCACGAGCUCACCUUCCAGGCCAUGGGCUACGACCUGCUGCCCAUCGAGAAUGAUGUCUACAAGUAUGACACUAGUGGCAUGGGAGACUCACGUGAGAAGGAGGUGCUUCUGCAUGAAGAUGAUGACUUGUGGGUGAGCCUGAGACACAAACACAUCGCCGAGGUGUCCCAAGAAGUGACGCGUCAGCUAAAGGAAUUUUCCUCCAGCAAGAGAAUGAACACUGGAGAGAAGACCACCAUGAGAGAUCUGUCCCAGAUGCUGAAGAAGAUGCCUCAGUACCAGAAAGAGCUCAGCAAAUACUCCACUCACCUUCAGCUGGCGGAGGACUGUAUGAAGCACUACCAGGGAACAGUGGACAAGCUGUGCCGUGUUGAACAGGAUCUGGCAAUGGGGACAGAUGCAGAGGGGGAGAAAAUCAAAGACCCCAUGCGGGCUAUUGUGCCCAUCCUGCUGGACGCUAAUGUCAGCACAUAUGACAAAAUCCGCAUCAUUUUGCUCUACAUUUUCCUUAAGAAUGGAAUCACAGAGGAGAACCUGAACAAGCUGAUCCAGCACGCUCAGAUCCCCCCUGAGGACAGCGAGAUCAUCACCAACAUGGCUCACCUGGGCGUUCCCAUUGUCACAGACUCCACCCUGCGCCGAGGGAAGAAGAUCGACAGGAAGGAGAGAGUGAGCGAGCAGACCUAUCAGCUGUCCCGCUGGACACCACUGGUGAAGGACAUCAUGGAGGAUGCUAUUGACGAUAAGCUGGACACAAAGCAUUACCCGUAUAUCUCCACUCGCUCCUCUGUCUCUUUCAGCACCACUGCGGUCAGCGCUCGAUACGGCCACUGGCACAAGAAUAAGACACCAGGAGAGUACCGCACCGGGCCACGUGUCAUGGUCUUCAUCAUUGGAGGAAUGUCCUUCAGUGAGAUGCGCUGCGCCUAUGAGGUCACACAGGCCAAUGGGAAGUGGGAAGCCAUCAUUGGUUCCACCCACAUGCUCACCCCCACCAAAUUCUUAUCGGACCUGCAGCACCCCGACUUCCGAGAGUCCACUAGGGUGUCCUUUGAGGACGCAGACGCCUCAGACGACUGAGGCGGAGGCAGAUUGGGAGGGAGGGAGAGAAAUCACACUGAAAAAAGUUCGACCAACAUCUUCACACCCACCAGCCUGCUGGAGCAGCUCAAGGCCAUGAACAAACCAGACGAGGAAGUGACAAGUUAAAAAACCCCUGCGAUCUCAUCGCUCAGCUCCACCGCCUUCCCUCCACACAAACCAUCGUCAGGCCGCUGACCCUCUCCGACAAAGAAGUCCCACAUUUCCUGUGUAUGCAUCUUGCUUGAGAAGAAUAAAAAAAAAAGACAGAUAAUGAAAAAAAUACAACAUAUAUAUAUAUCAGAGUCGUAACAGGUAUUCUCAUGUCUCCCUGUGGAUGCAACAACAUGAAUAUCAAAAGGCCAUUUUAAAAUCAAAGUACCAAAACGUAUCACUGUAUGCUAUGAAACCUGCUAGAUUCUGUAAAUGUUAGUUUUUUUCCCUUAAGAUUUUCCUCUUAAGUGUUUGUCCAUUUUAGUAAAUGUAGUUGGAGGAGGGAUGGAAGUGAAAGAAGAAAGAUGUACUAUAUACUUGUCAACGCAAUACUAUAAAAAUGUAUGUAACAGAUGUCCUUUGUCUCGCAUGCUUGAUUUGUGUGGAACUUUUGCUGCAUAUUCUGGAUAUUUUGGGAGUUCGCUUUAGCCUAAAGGAUAAUGUGCUCACUUGCUUUUCUGAAUAUACUUGUUUUGAGUUGCAGUGAAUUCGCAAAAGAAGCGUCCACCACGCCGAGAGUUGUUUGUUUGCUAGUAAACUGAGCUAAAUCUAUGCAAAAUAACCAAACAUAAUCAUAUUUCAAUGAGCUAAGGGAGCAACGCGUGGGAUGUUGUGUACAGAAUAUCAAGAGUAGUUUUUAGAGCGUCCAAUAUUCUCCACGUUUGGAUGUAUCUUGGAGAGUCAAGUUGCUAAAGCUAAUUGUGCUUGAACUUAAAACACAUUUUCAGAGGAGCGUGAACGCAUUGUUUUUGGAGAAGCUUUGCAGAGUACUUUGGAACGUCCCUCCUCCGGCUGCGCAGCCUGCAAGGUUCAACCCGAUUUAUUUGUCUGCAGCAAUUUCAUGUUCAUGUCAAAAAGGCCGUUGCUUGCUGGUGUUUAAUGACUAUUUCUGAAGAGGGCCAGAUGUAUUUCAGUAUUGUAUCCCGUCAUCUUCCACGGCUUACUAAUGGAUGGACCCCGCACUGAAUCGUGUUGUGUAUUCGCCAUUUGUUGCUGUUCAGCGUUCCACUGUUGACUGGUGAUCCUCCCUGACUGUGAACUAGUGACUCCUCUUUUCCUUUUGACGAUGUGAAGCCGCCGUGUUUGUGAUGUUUUAGCUGUAGCUGUUAGUGGUCGACGGAAAAAAAAAAAAAAAGAAAAUAUAUA